AACAUUCUCUUAAAGACGGCAUAGGGCCUUAAAGUUUUUACUACUUUCUUGAUUAAUUGGGAAAGCUGUAUCAAACCCGAAUCAGAAUCAGAACCACAAGGAAUUUGGUUCCAGCUGUUGGUGACUCUCAAAAAUAGAGCAUAAAUAAUACUAUACUGUAUAAUACUAUAUAUAAUGUAAUAAUAUAACAGUUGUAUGACGAUGUGUUCGCUUGCUCUGCGUUGGCGUGUUUUUUUAACCCACGUGUGUAAGAGGAGCUGCUACGAGUUUAACACAUCGAGCAGAACGCAAUGGCUACAGACUCACAGGAAUAAAACAACAAGCCCGAAAAACUUCACCGACUACAACAGUCUGAUGCUUUUACCCAAACCGAACAUCCCUUCAUUCUUCAACUUCGCUAAAGAUGUGCUUGACUUCUGGGAAGCAAAGGAAAAGGCAGGUGGGAAGUCACCUUGGCCUGCGCUGUGGUGGGUCAAUGAUAGAAAUAAAGAAGUCAGGUGGAGUUUUGAGGAGCUGGGCUUCUACUCUAGAAAACUAGCUAAUGUUUUGAUUGAUGAAUGCCGUUUGGUAAGAGGAGAUCGAGUUCUUCUUAUCCUGCCAAGAAUCCCAGAGUGGUGGCUGGUCAAUAUUGCCUGCCUCAGAACAGGUAUAGUUCUGAUCCCUGGAACAUCCCAGCUAACAGCCAGAGACAUCCUGCAUCGUUUGCAGGUCUCCCAAGCAAAGUGUCUGAUCACAGAUGAGAGUAUGGCACCACUGAUAGAGGCUGUGACUCCACAGUGUCCCACAUUGACCUCUAAGCUCCUGCUUUCCAACAAGGAGCGACCAGGCUGGGGAAACCUUACAGCAGUAAUGGGGAGUGCUUCUGCUGAACAUGUGUGUGUGGACACACGUAGUGACGAGCCUAUGACCAUCUUCUUCACAAGUGGAACCACUGGGGCUCCCAAAAUGACAGUUCACAGCCACUGUAGCUAUGGCUUAGGGCUCACCGUCAAUGGCAGGUACUGGUUAGAUCUUACUGAUGACGAUGUGUUUUGGAACACCUCAGAUACAGGUUGGGCUAAAUCUGCAUGGAGUAGUGUAUUUGGCCCCUGGACCCAAGGAGCAUGUGUGUUCACACACCAUAUGCCACGCUUUGACACUAACACUGUCCUCAAGACUCUCUGCAGAUAUCCCAUCAGCACUUUCUGUACUGCACCAACAGCUUAUCGGAUGUUAGUACAGGAGGAUCCAUCCAGGUUCCAGUUUCAGGCUUUAGAGCACUGCCUGUGUGCAGGAGAGCCCAUUAACCCUGAGGUGAUGAGAAAAUGGAGAGAGCUCACAAGCCUUGAUAUCUACGAGGGAUAUGGACAGACUGAGACUGUUUUGAUUGCUGGCACAUUUAAAGGUAUGGAAAUUAGACCUGGUUCAUUUGGCAAAGCAUCACCAGCUUAUGAUGUUCAGGUCAUAAAUGAAAAAGGAAAUAUUGUUGAUCGGGGAAGAGAAGGAAAUCUGGCUAUCAGAGUGAAACCAGAUAGACCAUUCGCUCUCUUCACUGAAUACUUGGGAGAGCCGGAGAAAACAGCAGAGUGUUUCUGUGGAGAUUUCUACCUCACAGGUGAUAGAGGGAUUAUGGACGACGACGGAUAUCUGUGGUUUGUUGGCAGAGGUGAUGAUGUCAUACUGUCUGCAGGAUAUCGUAUUGGCCCAUUUGAGGUAGAGAAUGCUUUAAUCGAACAUGAGGCUGUGGCUGAGUCAGCUGUUGUCAGCAGUCCUGAUACAGUCAGAGGAGAGGUAGUGAAGGCAUUUGUUGUGCUAACUUCAGAAUAUAAAUACAGAGACCAAAAUGAACUAAUCAGACAAUUGCAGACACAUGUGAAAAAGGUCACAGCUCCAUAUAAAUACCCCCGCAAGAUAGAGUUUGUGGACCAGCUUCCCAAGACAGUGAGUGGGAAGAUCCGGAGGGUGGAACUUAGGAAGAAGGAAUGGAGUCUGCCCUAACUAUCAUAGCUGCUAUUCUUAAGCACUAUUUACACUUCAAAUUCAAAACAUUUAAUCCACAGAACUAAGACCAGUGAAGACUCACAAUCAUUUUUAAACACACUGUGACACACACCGUCCUUUACUAAAAUGCCCUAAUGAACAUAAAUAUGUUUUAAUUUCAGUUCAGGUGAUGAAGUGAUCUGCAAAUUAAGAACAAGUUUUAUUUGGGAAUCAACCUUGUAUCUUGAUUUUCUUUGUUCAAAAGUUAUUUUAAACAGGACAAACUAUAAAAUUAGUCAGUUAUGAAUAUUUUAAUUCAUGGAAUAUUUUGUACUUGUAAACUGCAAUAAAGAAAUAUUUCAUCAUUGUCA